GCCAUAACGCAUAAGUGUAUACCUAAUGAAAAUUGCAGUAGUUUUCGACCUAGUUUUUUUUGUUGUGCUUUAAUUUUACGCGUUUUCUACUAAAACGUGUACCGUUAUAAUUCAAUUACACACUUCUCCAACAAGUUUACAAUGUAAAAUUAAGUAAAUUAACGAUGUGCACUACAGGUAUUUACAUUUCAAUAUGUAAACUAAUUGAAUUGUCACGACAUGGAAUAUCCAUCUUUAGAUCCUUACGAGCAAAAGCUUUUUACCGUGUUUGACAGUUACGAUUUCGACAACAAGGGUAGUUUGGAUAAGGACGGCCUGACGCAGCUCUGCAGCAGCCUGCAGUUGGAAGAGCAGGGAAACGAGUUGGUGCAGCACUUACUGCACGAUCCAAAGAAUUCGCGAGUGACGUUCGGGGAGUUUAAGGAGGCCUUACUGACGCUGCUGGGAAAUGUUCAAAAUCGGACACAGGGUGAUAUCAAGGACGAUAAGGGCUCGCCUGACAGAGAGGUUUCACCGAAGUAUGUUUACGGUACGAAGAAGUAUGGACGGCGGUCUCGUCCCAAGAACGAGGAUCAGGUGACGCUCGAGGGACUUAACGAAAAUACAAACUACACUAAUAAAAUUACCUACAAUACCUCUGUACAAAGAUCGAAUUCGCAAAGCGACGUGCUAUACUCUAAGAAGAGAAAAACGAACACAAAGCUAAAGCGGUGCACCUCCUUCCCGGGCAGCCACGAUUUGGAUUUCCACAAGAUGUCAGGGGAAGUCUUCGUUACCAACGGUUUUAAUAGCGAUCAGGAGUUUUUAUGUACUGAGGAAAUGUUGCGACAGGCGUGGGAAAAGUUAGGUGUCGGUGAUGACGGGUAUUUAAAUCAAACCGAGUUGGUGUUAGUGUGUGACGCGAUCGGGUUACAUCGGUUGGCAAAGGGGGUGAUUCGUCAGCUUUCGGAUAAGCUGCAGUUGGAUGUGGACCACAAAAUCAGUUUUCAGGAACUUUUGGAAGCGCUACAGCAGGACGACACUUGGUCCGAGGUGCUAAGUCCGAACUCCCCGACUGUCGUCGAGGACACUCUGGCUAUUUCGGAAGAAUCUCACUUUCCGGGCGGCGAUGUCAAAAGUGUACAGCACAUAACGCUCGGGCCUGACGGGACCGGUUUCAUAAACGGUGACGUGGUGGUAGAAUUGUGGGAAAAUGUCGGGAUAGCGUCGCCGAAAUUGCUGUUGCAAGAACUCGGUUUCGGUUGUUCCCAAAUCAAAGUGUCAGAGCUGGCUUCUGCGCUCGAAAAGGAGAUUAAAACGAUUCACGAAACGAGCAAACCGUGCUUUACAAACCCGCGAGUCGUCCUUUUGCAAGCCGUCUUAACUCUAUAUCGGUCGGAGAUCCGCUGCCUGAAAAACAUUUUAGAGCAGAUGUGCGCCGAACGCGACAAACUGAAGCACGACGUCUUGGAAGCGAACAACCGCGCGACGAUGCUAGCCCAGGAGGUCGACGACAAUCACGCCCGAAUGGAACAAAACACCCAGCAGCAAGUGAAGCUCCUCGAGCAGCGCCACGCUGACAUCCUAAAAGAGCUGGCCUCGCAAUUCGCCGGCGAAAAAGAGCAAAUGUCCCAUCGAAAUCAAAAGUUGAAACAGAAAAUUGUACAUCUCGAAUCCGAAGAGGCUCGACUACGAAACGAUCUGCAAUCCGCUCAAGACUACUCUGUUACGGUUGAUAAAGAAAAUCAAGCUUUGAACGGUCGAAUAUCCGAACUACAGCAGAUGAAGACCACCUUGAGCGAGCAGAUUAGCAUACUCGAGAGCGACAAGCACAAUUACGAACGCGAAAAUCAGCAGGCGCGAAUCGAACCCUUGCUGCAGCAGUUGUCCAAUUUGCAAAUCGAAAAUUCGCAAUUACGAGAUAAAAAUGACGAGAUGAUGAGCGAAAUCGAAAGCUUAAAUAGUCAAGUGUGCAUGUUGAAGAAUAAGGGUCUGAAUUUGUCAACGUUUCGUUUGGAGGAGUCUAUGGAGGAGAAUGUGUCAAUUGUAUGCGAGGGAGUGGGACUGGGAUCGAAACGUAGGAGCGAUGAUUCUCCUUCCAAGGACUUGAACGUUUUGGGUUUAGGUGAUGGAAGCCCAAGAUUGGGUAAAGUUCGCAAGUGUCAUAAAACAAAAUCCGAUAACUUAGAAGUACCGAUAACUUCGAGUGAAAGCGGUUUCGAUACCGAACUAGACGCCCUGGACUCGUCCCUCUCGCUUUCUGUAAACGAUUCGAAGGAAGUUAGCGAUUUACAAACGAAAGUUAUGCGUUUGGAAGAACUUCUCAUGCAGCAUGGCAUUCCAAUUCCUUCCCCUAUUAAUUGUUCAUUGGAAAAUUCGACAGUCAUUGAACUGAAAGUAAAGCAGUUAACAAAAAGGUGCACAGAAUUACAAGAUUUGAUCAUUUCCGUUCAGAAGGAUUUGAGUAAAAUGUUAACGCAAAGUCCAGGAUCGUGUGCGUGCGAAUGUACUACGUUCGCAAAAGUCCUUAAUAAUAGACUGACGGCUGUUAUUUUCGAAAAAGAUAAUUACGUCGAUUAUAUUAAUGACUUGGUGAAAAAUGCAAGAGGUGGAGAAGCGAGUAAAACGAUAGAUAACAACUUGCAAGAUGAAAUUCAAAAGUACAUCAAGGAGAAUGAAGACUUAGUGAACAAAUGUUCCGAAUUGGAAAGGUGUGUGGAGGAACUUCGUAACGAAUACGAACGAUGCGAGGAUUAUUGGUCGUCGAAAUUGGAGGAGGAGCGGCUCAUGUUUGAGCAAGAGCAGAAGCAAAGUAGUGACAAGUUAACAGAGCUUAUUGGAAAAAUGGCUGAGUACGAAGCACAGUUUGCCGUCCAAGACGAACGUGACUAUCGUCUACCGCCAAUAGAAGAGACCUAUAGUCUAGAAAAACAAUUUACAGACUUAGAACAGGAGUUUGAUGAAUAUAAGGAGCAUGCUGAAUUUCAAAUUGCAGAGAAAGUAAACGAAAUUGCCGAUUUGAAGGAAAAGCUUAUUGAAUUAAAGCAGAGAAAUACGUUGGAAAUGGGGGUGCAAGUGUCAAGCGCCGAAUGUCAGGGUGAAAAUUGUAUAGAAAACAAAAUGAGCAACUUGUCAAACUGCAUGAUCGAGUCAACAAACAUAUUUUCGGCGGAUACGAUGCCUUUUGGUUGGAGUAGUGCUAAACCAGAAUCCGAACCAAACUCCAUCGACUAUUCGCCGUCUCAGACUCACUUGAUACAGCGUGAUUAUGUCAAUCCUGCAUUUCUAUGGAAUAAGAAUAGACAAUCUAAUUCACCUGCUUCUUUCACCACCGAAAACGUCGAAUCUAAUAACGCCACUAAUCAAGUAUGGCAUAAUUCUCCUCAAACCUUUUCUAUAGUUAGUUUACCGUCUACCUCAGCUGAAUCAGCAUCUACAGUAACGGAUAAUAACUCUAUUCCAAGUAGGCCUAAAAGAAGCCGGAAACAUAAUAAGAACGGCAAAGUUCAAAGACUGAUUAAUAAGGACGAUAACAAAAAUAUGUUUCCUGCCAGUGUACCUAAUUCGUCUUUAAGAUGGAAACGAAAUAAUGCGGAAGAAAUGGUGACGCUCCCUAUCGCGGCGCUGCAUAAUUUAAAUUGCCGGCUUCAUCAUCUGGAGCAGCGACGACGACACUUGCAAGUUGUGUUAAGGCAACAGCAUUAUCAUGCCGAGCAAAUGCUUCAAAAUUGUUGGCAGCAGUAUCGGGGAGAAAAGGCAGAGCUUCAGUAUAUGUUAAAAUCCAGUCAGGAGAAACUCGAAUACCAAAUGAGGGUAUGCAACGACCAGUUGGAAAGGCUAACUAAGACCGACAUUCUCGUUAAGGAUCUGUACGUCGAAAACUCGUACCUCGUCGCUAACGUGCAGAGACUGGAAUCACAGUGUCAUAUGCUAACCCAAUACAAUUCCGCUAGUAGUUCCGUUUAAAGUAGGCGUUACGCCUUCGUUGUUAUUUUUGUUUUAAGAUUUUUACGGCGUUGAUGUUAUGCGAUAUUAAAUGAUAAGCAUAGUGCUCAGUAUCUCACUUUUACCACACUGGUGUGAAUCCUUUUUGCUACUGUGGACGUUGUGGUUCUAUACUGUUUUUUCACCAUAAACUAACAAACCUUAGAUUCGUAAGAAUAAAGAUGCUUGUGCUGUGAUAUGUUAAACUAUACAAUUACACUAACUACUUAAGGGUUCACAUGAAAUUCUACUCUCGAAUUGCUUCUCUCGUUUUUUUCUGAGCACUUUGCACUAUUCUCAACCAAUAUACCUACCUACCUUAAUUUGUUAGCACUCUACAUUACUAACAUAUCACUUAUUUCACUCCAAAGAAUUAAACAAACUUGAAUACAAUAAUUAUCUCUAUAGGUACAUAGGUUAUAAAUAGAGUGUCAUAUUAUAGUAAUAAUAUAUAAUGUAACAAAAUUACUGUUUCUUAACG